AUGAGGGCAGGAAAAGUCUUCCUCUACAUGGCUAUAGUUCUCUCUGCACACUGCAUUUCUGUACUGUUCACCCUAGAAAUCAAUAAGAGUUGUAAAUACAACUUUAUGAACAGUGCCCCGAAUGUGCAACACACAACUAAAGUGCGCGCAACGGGAGGAAGAAGUGGAGGUAAGAUAAUAGGACAUGGUCAUGCUUACCCCUCAAACGAGAUUCACAAUGAUGACUUAAAAAAAUAUAUUGAUACCAGCGACGAAUGGAUUAGAACCCGAACAGGAAUUAAAAAAAGAAGGAUUCUAAAACGGAAUGAAAACAUAUCAAUGCUGCAGAUAGAAAGCGCUAAUCAGGCUCUUAAAAACUGCUCGAUGAACCCGUUAAGUGUAGACAUGAUUAUCAACGCGUCAUCCACACCUCAUAAUUUGUUCGGUGACGCAAACAACAUUAGUAACAAGCUUGGGUGCAAAAAUAGCGUUAACAUGGACUUAACGGCGGCGUGUUCAGGAUUCGUUUUCGCCUUUGCUACGGCGUAUAACUUUUUAUCCAAGUAUAAGAACAUCCUCAUCGUUGGCAGCGACGCGCUAAGCAACUUUGUAGACUGGAGGGACCGCAACACAUGUGUUUUAUUUGGAGACGCCGCAGGAGCCGUCGUGUUACAAAGAACAGAACCAAAUGAAGAAAACCACAUAUAUGAUUAUUCCCUAGGAUCGAACAGCGAACUAAAUGAUCUAUUAACCAUCAACUUCGAAUGCGAUAACUACAAUUUGGAAAACCCAAAUAAAAACAAAUAUGGAAAAUUGAAUAUGAAUGGGAAAGAAGUAUUUAAGUACACCAUUUGUAAUUUGCCAAAGAUUGUCCUAAAAGCUACACAAGAGGCUAACAUAAAAAUGGAGCAGAUUGACUACUUUAUAUUUCAUCAGGCUAACAUACGAAUUAUAGAGACUGUAUCAAAAAGUUUGGACAUUCCCCUAUCCAAGAUCCUGGUUAACCUAGACGAGCACGCGAACACGUCCGCCGCCUCCAUCCCCUUGUGCCUAUCAGAAAACAUACACAACGGGAAAAUCAAAAGGGGUGACGUCAUAUGCAUGUGUGGCUUCGGAGCAGGCAUGUCAUACGGAUGUGUCAUAUUUAAAUAUUAA